AUGGGCUUCGAGACUUUCGAGGGACCACUAUCUUUGAUACACAGUUACUUUCUGUACUCCGCCAUACUAGCUCUUAAACUGCUGAUUCUUCUGCCCUUGUCUAAUAUUGUCUGCAAUCCUAUGAAGCUGCAGCGCGCGAACAUUAGUAAUCUGAAGAAUCUCACUCCUUUCUGGCUCGUGGCAGGGCUGUACGUCACCACACAUCCCGACAAGACGACUGCGUUAAUGUUGAUCAGAGUUUAUGUUUUAGCAAGAUUUGUGUCAGCCCUCAGUUACGUUAGCAAAUUGCCGAGGAUAGCGACUGAGUCUGCGUUUUUCGUAUCGUUUGCAAUUACUUGCUUCAUGGGAUUUACUGUUGUGUACACAUACCGACAAGCUAUUUGA